AUGCGUUUCGGUGUUGUUGCUACCGCCCUCCUGUCGGCCGCCGUCGUGCGCGCAGACAUCGCCGACGACCUCGAAGAAGGCGCCUCAUCUGUGUCGUCUGCCGUCGAGUCUGCGACGUCCUCUGCCGUGGAGAAGCCUACGUUCACGCCCACUACUCUCAAAGCACCCUUCCUUGAGCAAUUUACCGACGACUGGGAUACCAGGUGGAAGCCGUCCCACUCCAAGAAGGAGAACGAUAAGUCGUCCGAAGAGGAGUGGGCCUACAUUGGCAACUGGGCCGUUGAGGAGCCCACCGUGCUGAAGGGCAUCGAAGGGGACAAGGGCCUGGUGAUCAAGGACAAGGCAGCUCACCAUGCCAUCUCCGCCAAGUUCCCCAAGAAGAUUGACAAUAAGGGCAAGACCCUUGUUGUGCAGUACGAAGUCAAGCUUCAAAAUGGUCUCGAGUGCGGUGGAGCUUAUAUGAAGCUUCUCCAGGACAACAAGGCCCUCCACGCCGAGGAGUUUUCCAACGCCUCCCCGUACAUUAUCAUGUUUGGUCCUGACAAGUGCGGUGCCACCAACAAGGUCCACUUCAUCUUCCGUCACAAGAACCCCAAGACUGGCGAAUAUGAGGAGAAGCACCUCAAGAACCCGCCCACUGCCCGCAUCGUUAAGACCACCUCGCUCUACACUCUCAUUGUCAGGCCAGACAACACCUUCGAGAUCAAGAUCGAUGGCGAGUCGAUCCGUAACGGCACCCUUCUCGAGGAUUUCAGCCCCUCCGUCAACCCGGAGAAGGAGAUUGACGAUCCCAAGGAUGAGAAGCCAGAGAGUUGGGUUGAUGAGGCCCGCAUUCCUGACCCAGAGGCUACCAAGCCCGAGGAUUGGGAUGAGGAUGCGCCGUUCGAGAUCGUUGACACCGAGGCCACCAAGCCUGAGGACUGGCUCGAGGACGAGCCCACCUCUAUCCCAGAUCCUGAGGCCGAGAAGCCCGAAGAUUGGGAUGAUGAGGAAGAUGGUGACUGGAUUCCUCCCACUGUCCCCAACCCCAAGUGCGAGGAGGCCUCUGGCUGUGGAAAGUGGGAAUCUCCCCUGAAGAAGAACCCAGAAUACAAGGGCAAAUGGAGCGCACCUGUCAUUGACAACCCGGCUUACAAGGGCGUCUGGAAGCCAAGGAAGAUCAAGAACCCUGCCUACUUCGAGGACAAGACCCCGGCCAAGUUCGAACCCAUUGGUGCUAUUGGCUUUGAAAUCUGGACCAUGCAGAACGACAUCCUUUUCGACAACAUCUACAUUGGACACUCUGUCGAGGAUGCUGAGAAGCUCAAAGAGGAGACUUUCGAUUUGAAGCUCCCAGCUGAGAAGGCCGAAGAGGAGGCUACCGCUCCCAAAGCUCCAGAGACACCCGAGAACCCCUUUGAGUCCACCUUCAAGGAGGACCCGGUCGCUUACAUCAAGAACAAGAUCGACCUCUUCCUUACCAUUGCCAAGCGUGACCCCAUUGAGGCCAUCAAGUUCGUCCCUGAGGUUGCUGGUGGUAUUGGUGCCAUCGCCCUUACCGUUCUCGCUAUUCUCGGGUCUCUCAUCUUCGGCGGAGCGUCGGCUCCUUCCAAGGAGCAGGCCAAGGAUGCCGCGAAGAAGGCAAAGGAUGCCGCGGUCGAGGGCAAGGACAAGGCAGCCGCGGCGGUCGCCAGCGGUGUGGAGAAGGCGCAGGCUGAGGCUAACAAGCGCACUACUCGCUCUACUGCGUCGUAG